GAGCCACCAAGAGUAAAUUUCUAGGUUCAGUCGGUUUUUUUUUUGACACUUCCUCUCCAAUCGUCAACACAUUGCUACCAUGUUCGCCUUGAAGACCGCGGUCAACAGAGCUGCUGCUCCUACUGCUCGUUUCGCCACUCGUCGUUGUGUUUCCUCCUCUGCCUCUCGCAGUGCUUUCGCUUCUACUCGUAUGGCCCUUUCUUCGGGCAACAAGCUGACUGCCAACCUCUUGCACGAAGCUUAUGUUUCCUCCGCACCCCGCAUGAUGAUGUUCGGUCGUCGCGGUAUGGCUUCUGAGGCUGGUGGCAAGUUCUCUCGUGGUAAGCCCCACGUCAAUAUUGGUACUAUUGGCCACGUUGAUCACGGCAAGACCACCUUGACUGCUGCUAUCACCAAGACUUUGGCUACCCAGAGCGGUAGCACCACCUUCAUGGACUACAACCAGAUUGACAAGGCUCCUGAGGAAAAGGCCCGUGGUAUUACCAUCUCCACUGCCCACGUCGAGUACGAAACCGAAAACCGUCAUUAUGCCCACGUUGACUGUCCUGGUCACGCUGAUUAUAUCAAGAACAUGAUUACUGGUGCAGCUCAGAUGGAUGGUGCCAUUAUUGUCGUCUCCGCCACCGACGGUCAAAUGCCUCAGACCCGUGAGCAUUUGUUGUUGGCCCGCCAAGUCGGUGUCCAAAAUUUGACCGUCUUCAUCAACAAGGUCGAUGCUGUCGAUGACGAAGAAAUGCUCGAGCUCGUCGAGAUGGAAAUGCGCGAUCUAUUGGCCGAAUACGGUUUCGAUGGUGAGAACACCCCCAUCGUCAAGGGUUCCGCUUUGGCUGCUCUUGAGGGCCGUGAUCCCGAGAUUGGUGAGAAGGCCAUUCUUGAAUUGAUGGCUGCUGUCGAUUCGCACAUCCCUACUCCCGUCCGUGACUUGGACAAGCCUUUCUUGAUGCCCAUUGAAGAUGUCUUCUCUAUCUCUGGUCGUGGUACUGUUGCCACUGGCCGUGUCGAGCGUGGUACAAUCACCAAGGGCUCUGAAGUCGAAAUUGUCGGUAUGGGCGCUCCCUUGAAGACCACCUUGACUGGUGUUGAAAUGUUCCGUAAGGAGUUGGACCGUGGUGAGGCUGGUGACAACAUGGGUGCUCUCUUGCGUGGUGUCAAGCGCGAACAGAUCCGUCGUGGUCAGGUUCUUUGCGCUCCUGGUACUGUCAAGUCCCACAAGAAGUUCAUGGCUCAGUUCUAUAUCUUGACCAAGGAAGAAGGUGGUCGUCACACUCCUUUCGUCAACAACUAUCGUCCCCAGAUGUUCGUCCGUACCACCGAUGUCACUGUCAGCUUGACCCACCCCGAAGGUACUGAAGAUCCUGAUGACAAGUUGAUCAUGCCUGGUGAUAAUGUUGAACUUGCAUGCGAGCUUAUCCACGAUGUCGCCCUUGAAGAGGGUCAGCGCUUCACCGUCCGUGAAGGUGGCAAGACCGUUGGUACUGGUGUCGUUACCAAGUUGGUGGAUUAAACGAAUUAUCUUUUUCCGCUCCCGCACCCUCACCCACCCCUCUCCUAGUACAUAUAAUAUAACGAAGCAUUUCCCCACUUGUUGGUGUUGUAUCUGUAAUUUUGCAUGAAAUAGAAAAAAAAGUAUAUAAAACCAUUUUGCUAAUGUUGGGCAUCAAAUACCUCUUUCCAGUUCAAUCUGGGUGCUGUUAUUACGUAUAAAAAGGUUGCUUUUAUUCUAAA